AAGAAAAGUAAAACACAGGGGGAAUCCAACAAAAACGGUUUGUGAGUUAAAUGGUGAUGGAGGAGCUCCUCCUCAACGCGCUCUCUCUCUCUCUCCCUCUCUCUCUCUCCUCCAAAGAUCUCAUGCUAUUCCGUAGCCUCUCUUCCUUAGUUGAUUGGAUUUCUGGAUUGGGUAUUUGAGGUUUUUCCUAUUUAUUUUCCCCGCUGUGUAAUGGUAGUUGUGGAGGUUGAGGAGAAGAGGGAAGGAGAAGGAGAAGAAGAGGAUAGGUAGUGGUUGUAUUGGCGGGUUUCGGUUAACUUUGGUAUUGGCAUGUCUUGUGGAGGUGAAGAGGACAAGCAAUGUGGUUGUGGGAAAUCAGGUGCCGCCAUUAAUUUGCAAAGAGUUGGUUCAAUUGUGCGAGAGAUUAGCGACCCAUGCCUCUCUCAGUCACCUAUAAAGGUGGUUAUAACUGUGAACAAAAUGCUUAAGCCGGAGAAGUGGCAGGCAACAUUUGAUAGCGAUGGGAAGAAUUUUGGUUUUCAGAAGGCACUCAAAUUAAUAGCAUUGGGGGGUGUCGAUCCAUCUAUAAGACCAGAAGUCUGGGAAUUUUUACUUGGUUGUUAUGCUCUGGGUAGCACUGAAGAGUCUCGGCGGCAGUUGCGGACAGCCCGGAGGGAACGUUACAGUGACCUGAUUAAGCAGUGCCAAAUGAUCCAUUCAAGCAUUGGAACUGGUUCACUUGCUUAUGUUGUUGGGUCCAAGGUUAUGGAUGUGAGGGCACCGUCUAAAGAGGAGGAUGGGAGGGAAGCUAAAGUUGAACAUAGACAAACUUCUUUUGAUAAUACUAACAAAGUAGAGAAUUAUUGUGAUAGGAAUAAUAAUUGUACAGAUACAUCAUAUGCAUGCCAACAAGAGAGUUCUAGCGAUUCGGUUGACCUUGUCAGUCUGAGGGAGAGCACAGAUAGUGUAGCAUAUGAUUCUUCUUCUUUCAUACGUACUUCAGGGCCACAUGACUGCAGCUCCCCAAAGCUAGGGAGCGAAGCAGAUGAAACAAAACAUGUACCACAAAGUUAUUUUGAUUUUCCUCCUUUACCUGUUGCUGAUUUGUUUGGAAAGUGUGAAGAAGAUAAAAAAGAAGGUGGAGUGCACGAUGAUAAAGUUUCUCUGCAACAUAAGUCCAGGUCGAAAAAGCACAGCAUGCACAGUUUUCAAGUCAAUAACAAUGUAGACUUAGUUAUUGAAUCAAACUGCUCACCAUCCAAGAAAGUUUCAUGUGCCAUUAACUCUGAAAUUGAAUUGGUUUCUACUGAUGCCCAUCAAUUGGUGACGCAGCCGAAUAAUACGGGUAACAAGACAGAAAUGGUAAACGAGUUGAAAAUAUCAGAUGUACCAGAAACAGAAUUUAGAAAUACAAUCAUGUCUCAAGGAGGGGCUGUGAAUGAAGACAGGGUAUCUGAAUGGCUUUGGACUCUCCACCGAAUAGUUGUUGAUGUGGUAAGAACAGAUAGUCAUCUUGAAUUCUACGAGGAUGCUAAAAAUUUAGCUAGGAUGUCAGAUAUUCUUGCUGUUUAUGCAUGGGUGGAUCCAGCUACAGGAUAUUGUCAAGGUAUGAGUGACUUGCUGUCUCCAUUUGUGGUUCUCUUUGAGGAUGAUGCUGAUGCAUUUUGGUGCUUUGAGAUGCUUCUAAGAAGAAUGCGUGAAAAUUUCCAAAUGGAAGGACCGACUGGGGUAAUGAAGCAGUUGCAAGGAUUGUGGAAUAUCUUGGAACUCACAGACAGGGAAAUGUUUUCACACCUGUCAAACAUAGGUGCUGAAAGCCUGCAUUUUGCAUUCCGGAUGCUGCUCGUUCUCUUUCGUCGGGAGUUGUCUUUUAAUGAUGCUCUUUGUAUGUGGGAGAUGAUGUGGGCCGCUGAUUUUCAAGAAUCCUUGGCUUACAAUUUAGAUGACAACUGUCUGGAAGCCUUGGUAGUACAACUGCCGAGUGACUCUGAAGCAGAAUUGAGGGUUGAAACUGCUGAGAGUGGUGGUCAUACAAAGAGCGGAUCACGUACAAAUAGUGGCAAUCUAGAAUGCUCCGUGUCUGACACUGGAAUGAAGUCUGGAUCAGCCUAUAAUUUUUGCGGGUUGACAAGGAAUUUUUGGUCAAGGAAUGACCGGAUGCACAUCUGCUCUGUGGUCUCAUCAACGAGGAAUGGAGAUGAUGAGUUACCGGUCUUCUGUGUUGCAGCAAUCCUCAUCAUGAACCGUCAGAAAAUUAUUCGCGAGACGCGUUCAAUUGAUGAUAUGAUAAAGACUUUCAAUGAUAAGUUGCUGAAAAUCAAUGUGAAAAGAUGCAUCCGCUCAGCGGUCAAGCUUCGGAAGAAAUAUUUCUACAAGCUUAUCAGGAGAAACAGCCCUGCAGCUCGGAAUGGUGACUAGGCUUUCUUCAUUCCCAGAUAGUAUCAUGCUUGAAGCACAGUGUUGGCACUCUGAUCUAAUUAUAGUCAUAAGUUCAAGCUGAAGUGCCAUUGCGGUUUGCAGAUUGGUCCAGUUAUUUGCAUUUAUGUUGUCUCCUUCACAUUUUUUUGCAAGCCAGCAGCGACAUUGCAAAGUCGGAAGAAGUUUCUCUGUUUUCGUGCUUGGAGUUCUGAUUGCUUAAGCUUUGAUGGAUACCUGUUACAGGUUUGGAAAACUUGGAUUUUUUUUAUUAAUCUUGUAAUCUUCGUUACUUCAUGACGCUUACACUUCCAAAAGUCUGUUUAGUUUUCGUUAUAUGUUGCGGAGUUGAGGAUGUGAAAACUUGGAAGGAGAGUUUUGUUUGAUGGUUAUACAAAAUAUCAUAUGCUGAGAGCUACUGAGUGACAAUCUAAGAAACUUUGUUAGAUAAUUUUAUUUAUGAAUUGGAAAUGUACUUUUCUUUAGGUCA